AUGGUUCACAGCAGCGACCUACAGGGCGAGGCAAUUAUAGUGGGUUUUCAGGGUCCUUACAGCAGCUCCCAGGAGUUUCUCGAUGUAUUUCUCUCUGAUAUCCCAGGUGUUCCUCCCAAUAGGGAUAUCGAUUUGGCUAUUGAUUUGGAGCCUGGCACUAAGCCUAUUUCUAUACCCACAUAUCGUAUGGCCCCAGCAGAGUUAAAAGAAUUAAAGGAUCAAUUGCAGGAUUUAUUGAACUUGACAUUUGAGGAGGAGCCUAUAGCUAUUUUUGCUAGGCAGGUUCGCAAGCUUAGUACCAAGGAGAUUGCUUCAGUGAAAGUGCAAUGGAAGCACCGAUCUGCGGGGGAGGCAACUUGGGAGACAGAGUCUGACAUGCGUGCUAGAUAUCCACAACUUUUUGAAGCUCCAGGUGUUUUCUUUCAUCUUAUGUUUGAGGACGAACAUAAUUUUUAG